CCUCUGUGUGCCAGAGCUCCCGCAGCCUCCCCUGCCUCUCUCGAGCAGGAGAGAUGCCCUCCUCGCCUUGAGGGGCUGCCCGUGUCCCCGCCGCUGUCCCCGCUCCAUCGGCCUCAGCACUGUGCGGCAGGGGCGGUGAUGCAGCCGCCCCGCGGAGGAGGCCUGAGCGCGGCGUUACCAUAGCGACUCCGCACCACGCUGCCUAGAUAAGGCGGGCGGCAGCGGCCGCGGCGCCCCAGCCCGGAGAGGUCCCGCUGCAGCCAGCCCCGACGGCUCACCGCGCCGUAAGAAUGAUUGGCUACUGAUGUCUCAUUUGAGUUCUGCAUUGUUUCUUAAGACUGGAUACAAAUAGCCAUAGUAGCUUCAAAGGGGAAGAAAAGCCCAUUUCAACGAUGUCAACAGAAUGUGUUCAGCCAUUUGAUAUCCCAGAAGACAGACUGGACAAGCGAGACUCACACUGUAACCAUUUAGAAGAUCUUUCAGAGCAGCUGAUUCAGAGCUGUGACCUCAAAAAGAAACCAAGAAAAGGGAAAACCAUCCUGGCUUCCCAAAACACUGAACAGGACCAAAAAAAGCCAAGGAGAAAAGAUACACCGGCUUUGCACACCCCACCACCUCUAACAGGCAUACUUUCAGACUUUUCUGAUAGUCUGCUGAAGAGGUAUGGCAUCACAGAGAAGCCACAGCGAGAGAGAGUGAAUCCAGGCUCUCAGAUCACUGAACUGGAGCAGAAAAAGCCCAGGAGAAAAGAUACACCUGCAAUACACAUCCCACCUUUGAUUAUAGGCACUAAGCUGCUUACGGAAGAAAAGCAAACAGUGAUUAUGGAAGAUGAAGAAAAGGAUGGAGAUGCAAUCCCCAGUUAAGAUUACAGUGAUAUUUCCAGUAAUGCAGUGUAAAUAAUUCUGGGUCAUUCAAAGUGGCAGUACAUAGAAAGUAAAAAAAAAAAAAAAAAGUCCUUUCAUUUUUAUAGAUAAUAAUUCUCUCAAGCAUGCACUUGAAUUUAAAUUAUGUUCAAGUGCUUAUCUGCAUCUCAUGGAAUCCCAUCAAGCAUCAUAGGAGAUGAUGGCAGAAAUUUCACUCACACGUGGAAGGAUUCACUCAGUUUGCUAAAAGUGGCUUCCCAGGAUUUUUGUCACUGAGGAAUCCACCUUGGAUCAGAACGAGCUUUGUGCAUGGUGAUAGGGGUUAAUACAAAGGGACACCACCAGUCAAGUGUACCUGGCACUAGGUACCAGAGCGGUUGGUAGCACAGAGCAAUGAAACAUCAGCAAGUGAUUCAGACAGCAUUUUUCUCCUGGUAAGUUCACCUCAUUUGUCCAGCUUUCCUCUGCUGGAAUAUCAUUGACCACAGUGAAAAUUCGCACCUGAAAAGCUGAUGGGAUAGAUGGAAUCAAUGCUAGAAUGCCUGAAAGGCAAAGCACACACUUCUUCUGCCCGUAUCUGCUCGUGACUUGUGUUUGUGAGGAGAAAAGAGAAGAUUUACCAUAGAAUGAAAACUCAACAGCUAAGGGCUGUCAGCACUGACACAUCAAACAGGACAGAAGCAGAGCUCUCAGAGAAACAGGGGAGGUGCAGUGCCUGCCUGUUACACCAGUGUAGACCAUUGUGGGUUUUUUUCCUCUCAAAGGUUUUAUUCCUGGGUUAGUGAGAGAUAAACUUAUUCUCCAUGGCUUUUCGCUCCUUAUUUUUUCUUUUAACAUCUGCUUUUUAACUGAGUCCUAGGUUGUCAGUUAGGAGAUUGAAGAAAAUCUCCUAACUGACAAAAAUUAGAUUAAAAAUCACAGCAGGAGAGUAAAAAUUGAGUAAAAAGUGUACUGUUACUCAAUGGCAUACACACACUGCAAGGUGGAACAGCACCGUGCUUUUUUUUAACAGUUUACCUCAUUGGUUCAAUCAAGAAUUGUUUUCACACCCAGCUACAGCCUUCAGCACUGGUACAAACAGAGACAGGUACUUGUAGAAUAUUACACAAAAUAGGUAGAACUGGGUAGUUUUGUGCUUACCUUAAUAGCUCUGUGCACUAGAUGGGGCAGCGCUGCUGGCUGGACCCUUAGGGACCUCAAAAGAUUAUCUCUCCAGCCUGGCAGACUGAAUUUAGUUGUCAUCUUCCUAACAUCCUUAGGCAGACAGCUAAGGAGCACACUAGUUUGGACUUCAUCUGCCACAGUGACUGACCCAGCAUCUUUCACGAGCAUGCAGUCCACUCACAGGUAUUCAGCUUCAAGAUGUAAUCGACAAGCUUAUAAUAAAUAAUCAUGCGUUAAAGUCUACAAUAGGCCAGCUAUGUUAUUGAUGGGAUGACUGGCAUCUAGGAGAGGUGUUUGGUUUUUAUCCUGUUAAUCAAUCAGCCAGAUGAGCUAAUAUUUUGAAAAUAAUCAAUAGUUCAUGUAACAACAUUCAUGUCAGGUCCAUAGUAAAGGAUGUCACAGCAAGAGCGUAACAAGAGGUACACAUGAUUCAAGUCAAGCUUUACCAGUGAAGUUGGUGAACAUUUUCAAUGCACAGUACAGCAAGAGUGAGAGUGUGGAGUCCUGAAAAGAUGCAAAUAGGCAGUGGAUUAGCUGAAAAAUGUACAUGUUUAGAUAUGAAGACCUUUACCGAUACAAAGCAGGAGCACAAACAGGAUAUGACUGACUUCAGUGCUCUGAAGAUUUGUGUCCAAGCCUGGGGAAUGCUGACACAGCUUAAUAUGAAAUAAAAAGACCCCCCCUUUAAGCCUAGCACUACAUGUUCUUCACCAAAGAGGAGUUAUGGUCCCAGUGACAUCUCUGACGGCACAGCAGCAUAAUUUACCAUCCCUGCACAGAUCAACUUGAGCCCAGGCGUAAAAAAUGCUGCAACAUACAUCAUUUGCUGCAGUUCAUUUAAAAUCGCAUAUUCAUAGCCUGGUAAUUCAGCAUUUACUGUUUUUUCACCCAGGAGCAACAUGAGCAACUAAAAAGUAAUUUUUCACUUGAUCAAUUAAAUAAAUAGGGGUUUUUUUUCAAUGUUCCUGGGAAGUACUGGCAAGAAUCAUUUCUCAAAGCUUUCACCUGCCUCACUGCACUCCGUGAAAGUGUUAAAUGUUACGUUAUAUGGCAAUCAAAUAUGAUCUUUUUCCAAUCAGAUUAGCAUUGCCCCUUUCCCCAGAACAAAGCCUCUAGGUGUUGCAGAAGCGUGUGUGGACUCUACAAUGGCCUGAACGUAGUUUAUUGGGUUUGUUUAUUGCCUUUCGGGCUCUGAACCCUCCCUUUAAGACCAGACAAUGCUAAAACUGCACAGAUUGCUCUCCUAGGCAAAUGGCUGGAGUUGGUGUGCUCUGGGGCAGAAAUGUUUUUGUACCCAGUGCCCACAAGGGUCCCCCAUGGCCAUUACAGCAAAACCAGAAGGAAACAGCACAGAAACGGGAUAAGCCUUUCUACGGCACUCUUAGGACUGGGAUGCUCCAGACUGAGGUUGUUUACAAUGCGUGCACAUAGGCAUGGGCUGCUUGAAGGCCUUAAUAGCUGGAUUGCAUUCAGAUAUUUAGCUGGAAGUGCAUCUCCCCGCAGAAGUCUGCACCGGCCAGGACAACCAUUCCAAGUCCUCAGAGGGAAUGAAGUGCUCCAGUCAGUGGGUAAAAGACUGACUGCAGUCAGGAGGCUGUGAAUGGAUAAUAUUUUUGCAGGAAAUUCUCUAUUAACCUCUACCUAAGGGACAGGUCUCCAUUUACAACAGACUUGGAACAAAGGGAUUUAAUGGCCUUGCACUGUCAACAAAGGAUUGCAGAAAGCCCAUCACCCAACAGAAGAGGAUGUAUUUCUGUAGUGCCAACCAUGAGGUGCAGAGGUUAAGUGGUUUGCCCAGCUAAACCUCAGCAGAGACAAAUCCAAAGCAACAUUCAUGAUGCUAUCACUAACACUGCUCACAGCUAAAGCAGCAUUUGCAUGCAUUGAGGUUAGCAACACAGUGAAAUUUUAUCUGGUUGAAAUUUUGUCUUACCAGUUAAUAAAUCAAUAAUUGUAGAAUGCUUCAACCACUUAAAUAAUAGAUGUGGCUGGUUAUUAUAACUGAUUGUCUUCCUGCAUGUCCUAUGUCAUUCCUGCCUUCGGAGAUUACAUUUUCUAUGCAUAACCUUACAGUAUAUUUGUAUGCAGAGAGACUGCCCAGCAUUUACAUCUACAAGCCAAAAUCAGAACUGCAUGUCAGUGAAGCAAAUGAGAUUCUGGCUUCUCACUUCCAUUUAGAUAAGUUCAUAAACACAAAUCAUUCUGUUACUUAUAUCCCCCAAAAGCCGCAGGCCUCUUAGAGUGAGGCUGUGCAAACAGAAAUACCAGUAUUCUGGAAAUGUAGUUCUACAGAUAGAAAUAGUGAACAUUAAAAGCCAGUUUCUGCUCCAUGACACUGGCUCUUGGUCCUGUGGGAGAGACCCACAUCAGUCUGUUAGAUUCAGGAGCUGUGAAGGGAAGCUUAAUCCAUCCUUAUACCCAACAUCCUGGAGAAUCCUGAAAAGACAUGGACUUUGAUGGAAAAGCAGCAGCAAAAUUGGAAAGUACAUUCCAGAAACAAAAGAAGCACUUUUGGUGGACCAUUUGUGCUUAUUCUUACAGGUGUAAUGAACCUGUAAAAUGCAAGCUGUGCAUUUAUAACAUUGCCAUGAGCGUUGGAUUUUUCCAAGCUGUCGAGUCUUUUCCAACCUUCAAAGUAGGUUUUAGUCCCCCAGGGUCAUAGCAUCUAGGACAAAGUUAUACCUGUCCCAGGUUUGGUUUUCUGUAUUCUGUUUAGCCUGCAGGAGAGAAAUCUUACAGGGAUCUUAUCAAUGUAUGUAAAUGUCUGAUGGGAGGGAGUACAGAAGAGGGAGUGAGGCUCUUCCCAGUGGUACUCACUGACAGGACAAGAGGCUUCCUCAUGACCUAAAGAACUGGAAAGGUCCAUCUAAGCUGCUGAGCCACAAAUCCUCCUCCCUCUUCCUCGUUCCCUUUCUCCUUUAUCUCUGCUCUGGCUGCUGCAAUUGCCCUUGAGGAUGUUGGAGCCAAUUUUCCUUUCCAGUCCCUGUUUGUGUAGAUACAGAAAUACAUGGAAUAUAAGGAAUGAAUACUCAAGAGUCUCCCCAUGCCUCACUCACUGCGGAUUUUGACAUUUAGAUUUUUAAUUCAGCCUUAAUCCCUUUCUAAAAUAAUAAACAAACAGCUCCCUCACAAAUAAGAAAGCACCAAACUUUCUUGCCAUAGCAACGUGAUCCAGUGAUUAGAGCAAAGACUCAGUUCACAAACAGCAUAAAGAGAAUAAAAGGCUAAAUUUGCAAGUGUUGAUAGUUGCAACAAGUAAUUCAUAACAAGUUGAAAUGGCAUCAUAAGUCUGAGCUGCUCAUAAGACUUUCCAAGAGGGACAGAUUACUCAGACUUCUUUCUGUGUUGGCAUUAAGUAUUUGUCUCAGAAAUUACCACUGCAGACAAAGGCCAAGUGUGUGGCAAAGCCAGACCUCCCCCAGGUAACACAGAUUUCAUUGCUGAACUUCACUCUUAGAACAUUUCCCUUCGGUGUACACUAGAUGUCAGGGUUGGACUGAAAGGAUGAGCCCAUCCACUCCACCACACAGCUCUGUGCAUCCGGCCGGGUGCUACCAGAACAACUAGCUCUGCUCAGCAAUUGCUCUACCUGAUAUUUACAAGGAACAGUCUGCACAAACAUCCUCUUCCUCCCUGCUUUACAGUAUUUUGUUUAGGCCAAAAGCCUCCGGCUUUGGAAGAGGGAAGAGACAUCCUGAGAUCAGAACUACACUACAUUUGUGGGAGUCACAUACACUCCCCAUGACACCUCAGGUAAGUUGUUUCAUUCCCCUGUGCCUUGACUACACAGCAGUACCUUCAGAACAGCAAGUUACCUCUGCUUCAUGGCAAGGGAGGGACUGUGGACCAGGAGUGCAAAGACAAAAAAACACAGCCUUUAUGAGAUGCCAGUGACACAAAACCAAUAAUCCCAAUAAACUGUUGGUCACAAUGAAAGGCAAA